CGUACACUGAGCUACUAUUCAAAGCAGUUCCCGGGAAACACAAACAUCGAACAUAUUUUUUCCCUGUUGGACCUACAAAGAUCAAAAUUACUACCCAAAUUUUUUAUUCGACCUCUGCUGCCCUUCCGUUGCGACCAGCUUGCACAAACGGAAACUUGGCAACCCUACACCCAACAUCUUCAGCCUUCAACUCGGCGAAACCUCAAAUUAGGCCUUUUUCGGUUGAUAGUGUUCUAGCUUCAUCAAAUCUCCUGUUCACCUCAGAGGAGUCAGAAACGCGCAACGCAGCCACUGUGGAGAGUUUAAACAGAAAGCGCAGGGCUAGCCCUUUCCUCGUCAAGCAAGAAACCAACGGAGCAUCAAUUCCAUCUACAAGUGUUUCAACAAAUUUAGACAACACGGAAGAAGAAAGCGCAAAGAAGGCUCGGAUUAUUGCCGAAGCAACAAGUGCUGUCAACCACGUACCGGGUGUAGCUCACAGACAAGCGAUUGACCCCACAACGCUCGCUUAUUCUGCGGGAUCAAGAGGCUUCCUGGUGUUGCCUGGAUCCCAGACACCGGGGCUAAGGACCCAGUACAUUUUAGGUUCAAACACUGCAUUACCAACCGCCAACGGUAUAAUCCCGUCGGUAGCGACUCAAAACCUUACAGGAGUGCCCCAACCACCUAGCGCCGCAGUUCUCCAACAAUUGCAAGCAAACGCUCAAGCUUCAGUUUUAUCAGUUGCCGGUCAAUCUCCGGGGCAAAUAGCCGCACCAAUAAUGACGAGCGCGGCAACAACGAACUUUUUUGCGAAUACUGCACAACCAGUGGGACACCAAGUUAUAAAUAGUGCAGGAAAACCUGUAAAUAUGACUUAUCACACGCAAAAAGACACAACUUUUACUAAAAUAUUUGUUGGAGGUUUGCCAUAUCAUACUGACGACGCGUCUCUAAGGAAGUAUUUCGAACAAUUCGGUGAAAUUGAUGAAGCGGUUGUUAUCACGGAUCGAGUAUCUUCUUGUUCCAAAGGAUAUGGAUUUGUGACUAUGGCCGAAAAAGGAGGAGCUGAACUCGCCUGCAAAGAUCCCAAUCCUGUGAUAGAUGGAAGAAAAGCCAACGUUAACCUCGCCUAUAUUGGUGCCAAACCGAGAGGACAACAUGUCACACCAACCAAUGUUAUUGCACGACAAGGUACAACCUACGCGCAGUAUAUUCAACCUGUUCCUCAGACUCUAGGACAAUCGCCUUUUGGAGUAUCAGCGCUGUAUCCGUAUGGUCCCACUGCAGCAACCGCUUAUGUCACACCAGGUGGGGUAUUAGUACCAGCAGCACAUGCGUCCUUUUCUCAACCUACUCAGAUUAUUGAUUACGGUCAACAGUACGCAGCGCAGCUUGCAUCAUCUUCGCCGUUUGCUCAAGACGUGGCAGCCUCUGUCGGAGCUGGAAUGGCACAUUACCAAACAGCAGCCGGCGUCCAAGUCCAAGCACCUCAUCCUCUUGCCGCCGCCGCCACCCAUCCUACCGGUUACACCGCAACAUUUCAAACAGCUGGAUUAACAGGAGGUUACGGUGCUGCCCCAUCAGCAUAUGCAGCGGUAUCCUCACUUCAGCCUCCUCUGGCAGCCACACCAAAUGCAGCAGCGUAUGCUCACAUUACAGCUCAACUUCAGGCUAACGAUCGACUUGGUUUGACUAACCAGUGAUUAACAGUGCAUCUGAAGACAACAAGUAGACAUUUCAACGACGGAAGUGUUAGGUAAACUAACAAGGAAUUUGUUGCCAGUGACAUUUUUGAAAGGGUCAAAUGUAGCAGAGGCUACGCGAAUAAAAGGCCUUCUUGAUACUAUUCUGCGACGCCAACUGUGAGAAGCCAUGUUUAAUUACAAGACUAUGAUGGUUUAUUCAACUCGCCCACUUGUUAGAAAAUUAUAUAUAUCACCUGGAUGGAAGCUAGUGAGCUUAUUAAUGACCCAUAGCAAAACUCUUUAGUUUGAGUCAUAGGUGACGUCAAUAUAGAAUUUUUUGUUUAUCUUAUUUAUUGAAUGCUGUUAUCAUUUUCGCACUGUCUAGAAAGGCCGGGUGUGUUACUUAAGAUUUGGGACACUCUGUGAUACGUUUUACGUUUGCGCAAGAACACUCUUCAUUAAAAAUCUUUGAGAUUGUAGUUUUAAUUUUAAGCAUUAAGUAACGUUCCGGUCUUUCUAACAGGGAUUAUAUAUAGACUUGAUUUUGUUCACAUUUUCUUCAGAUUUUGCGUCGCCAUCAAAUUUGUGUAGGGGUUUGUAAAUAUGUAAUAUAUCUUACUUUUUGAAAUAUUGUAGAUCCUGUGACGUUUUCUCUACACGUCCGUGCGAUAUUCAUCCUUUUUAUAUUGUGCAUGCUUACAUAAGUGGCUAGGUAUGGCAUAUACUAUAUAGGCAUUAAAAAAAAAUUUAGAGCUCUCUCUAAUGCCAUCUAAUGGAAAAGUCGCAAGUACGUCAUACGAUUUGUAUUCGUUGUUGCAAAUAACGUAUUUCCUGAUUUUUUGGCCACGAUAUCAGCUUGCCUAAAAUUUUAUCAAAUUGAUUGAGUGCUAAACCUCCACUUGGUUUGUGAAAGGAUUAAUACAUUUUAAAAUCUACUAGAAUGGAGAAUUAAGGUGUGCCAUUUUGCCCAAUAUGCUCUAGUCAGUUGGUCUUGUGUAGGCUUUAUUUUGUAUUCAUAACAUUAAAGAGAGUGUCAACGGUCAACCGAUAUCUUGUAAUCGGGACUCGUUGAGUUUUGUUGUCCUGUAUUUUGCAUCCUUGCAGCAUUUGUAGUACUGAACGAUGCACAUUAUGCAAACCUAAAAUACAGCACUGUAAUUUUCUUUUUCUCUAUCCCAUUUUUGUUUGUGAUCCGUCUAACUACCUAUACAAGGAAAUCAUGAGCCGUUGCUUGUGCCACUAAACCAGUUUAAAAUCGGUUCCCGAUUUCCUGACCAUAUCACUUUAACGUAGAACUAUUGUACAUGUUUCAAACCAACAAGUGCCAUUAAAACCAUAUUCGAGGCAUUGAA